AUGCAGAAAGACUGGUACCAUUCUGUUGAUCAACGAAGAGUGCAGAAAUUGAAGUUUCCUGACCAUUUCGUUGAAUCGAUGGAGGUACUCUGCAGCAAUCGCAUCGCACUAAUUCAAGAAGAUGUGAGAACUGCUAAGAUCAACUCCGUAUGCGAAAUCAAUCAGUAUGAAUUGAAAAGAAGCAACGAUGAGAUAUUUGGAAAUGAUAGAAGCACCUUUAUUUGUAAUCACACGAAGGAUAUCCUACCGGGAACUAGAAAAUGCACAUCUGAAGAUGGAGUUCAUGCAUUUGUUGAGAAGGAAGUCGGACAACCGAAUUUGCUAGAGGAGAUGGAAGUCGACGUCCCGUCUGAUGCACACUCGGAUACACAUUCUGAUGCUGUACCUGUUUACUUUUCAUUCCCAAGGGUUGGCGAUGCGCACAAUGCUGAUUUUGAAGAAAAGUCAAGAGAGAACGAGAAUAUCAUCUCAAAGAAGACAACGAAACGUAGUAAACGUACCAGGACUAAACGUAAUGAUUCAGACGGUGAUAACGAAGAUGAAGAGAAGGAUGAAGAUGUAGAAAUUGAUCACAAAGCCGUGCUAAGCAGUGCCGACCGAAAAAUCCAUGUUGGUGAUGAUUUCCGAGCACAUGUGAAUGAACCUCAGAGGGCACUUUAUCUUCAGCAAAAAUCGUACUUUGGCUUUAACGUUGCUCAAAAGAAAGUGAGGAGACGUCGACCUAUCAAUGAGGAAUGGAGUGAAGACGAUCGCGCUCUAUUUAAGCAAGUAUUGCUCAUGUUUGGAAAAAGAUUCGAUAAAAUUCGCCAAAUGAUGCCAUAUCAAUCUGUGUCUUCAAUUAUCCAGUUUUACUACAAUACUAGGGGAGACACCGACUAUAAGAGUGUAAUCGACACUAGAAUGGCAGAAGGCGACGAUUGUGCUGACGAUCAACACAAUGAGACAAAUGUGUGCAGUAAUUGUGGCGAAGAAUGUCGAGAAGUGCAUGUCCUCGAUGAUAUACAACUGUUUUGUGUGUUGAGCGCACUUCAGGUUUUUGGGAAAACAUCGUCCAUGCAGUUGUUUGUCCACAAUAAAAGAAAUUCGUCAGAGAAGGCGAAAGUGUCCUAAGCAGUGAUGUGUGAGUUAGCUAAAGUUCGUGCUCGUGCUAUUUGUCUUGAACACUCCAUGAGUUCACAGCAGUCCGAAGGUCUCACAGAUGGAUUGGAAUCUUGUAGGUAUCUUACGAUCAAUGACAAGAAAGAUGAGAAGCGAUUUUCGAUGAAACUGUAUAAAAUAAAA